GAACACAUUUCCAGACGUACAAUCAAACUUCCACCUCAAACUCCACAACCAUGGCAUCAAGCAGAUUCGGGGCCUCCUCCCUCCACCAACGCGAUCCCCGCAGUGCCCUCUUCGAGAACUACAACGGCGGCGGGAGCGAGAGGAAACCAGGGACCGCGAGCCCGAGUCGGCCGGGCGCAGGCAGUUAUGCGGGGGGGUACGGGUAUGCCGGUGCUGCGAAUGGGUCAGCUGGAGGACUUGGGGCAGGUGCGCUGGGGUAUAGGCCAGCGACGCCGAAUUCGAGGGGACAGUAUAGCGAUGCUGUGCUGAACGAGUUAGAGAGCCAGAACGAUGGGCAGGUUGAGGGGAUAAUGGGGAAGGUUAGGCAGUUGAAAGACAUGACAGUAGCGAUUGGGGACGAGAUUCGAGAGAGUUCAGCACUGGCGGAGAAGAUGAAUGACUCGUUUGAUAGUACGAGGGUCAGGUUAAGAGGCACGAUGAACAGGAUGCUCUUGAUGGCAGAACGAACAGGGGUGGGUUGGAAGGUUUGGCUUGCAUUCUUUGCUGCUGUUGGGUUCCUCUUUUUCUACGUAUGGGUAUUCUGAGAGUUAGGAACUGCAUUCGCUUUAUACGGUGGGCAUUGGGAGAAAGAACAGAAGAGACAGCGGGAUUGCAUUAAACCAGGCGUUGGGCGCUGCUUGUAAGAUAAAUCAUUUAUUGCUUCUAG